AUGGCAGGCUGCUCAGCUUGGCAGCGAGACAGUUUAUGCGUAAGUUCACAGUGCAAUAUUUUUUUGUGUAGAAACAUGAAAUCCCUGUUGCAUCGGGAUGCGCUUCUAGUUGAAGAACAUGGUCAAACUUGUGCCCUGGCCGAGCAACCUGACACUGAAACUAUGCUUACCAGGGAGGUACUGGAAGAUUUAGUUGCUCGUACUUGUUUUGUGAGUCCUUCCCAGAGAGCUGAACAAUGGGAUAGAUGGUCGAGUGCUCAACUGAAUACUACUGAUGAUGAUGAAGUGGCUGAACCAAAGGUGGCAGAGGAACAUUUUGUUUAUCCUUUGAAUAAUCUACAAGUUAACAAACGACUUCAAGUGCCAUCCAGACUCCGAGAAUUGGCUGUUGAGUGCUUGUUUCGGGGUGAUAACGACCGAAUCACACUGGCAUCACUCUUGCUAAAGUCAUUUAUCACUUGUCCCGUUGAUAUUCGUAGAACCCUGGCAGCCAACAUCAUUCUCAUUGGUGGCACAGUUAAUAUCCCCGGAUUUGCUUCUCGUCUUUUGGAAGAAUUGGACUCUUUUCUAGAGUGGGAUGAGUUUAGCAACUUGCGAGCGCUCAAGGGCACCUUCCGCAUUCACCAACCUCCUGCUGAACCAAAUUAUGUGGCCUGGCUUGGGGGUGCCAUAUUCGGCGCUCUUGAAUGUCUUCCUGGGCGCUCACUGGAACGGUCUGUCUAUCUGGAGAAGAAAACGCUACCAGAUUGGACUAGUGUGAUAGACACAAACCCAUGUGAGUCUGCACAAAGACCCGAAGUAACAAGGCAAUAGUCUACGGAGCUCGUCAAAUGGCGUGACAUGGUUUCUCUUUUCAACUCAAGUUCACCCACUGUGAUGAUGAAUUUGGACUUUUCUUCUAUUUCUAUGGUUUUCGGUAUGCUAGGAGCGGCAUAAACUACAAAUAAACGUCU